AUGUCCGCGCUCCCCGCCGGUACCGACAUCAAGAGGGCUCUGGAGAACAGCCCCGAGACCAAUAUCGAGGAUGAGCUGCCCGACGGGCCGCCGCAGCCGCGGCCCAAGAACUACCUGCUCCUCAGCAUCCUCGCCUGCUUCUGUCCCGCCUAUCCUGUUAACAUCGUCGCCUUCGUCUUCGCCGUCAUGGCUUUGAACAGUUAUAAUCAAGGAGAUAUAGAAGGGUCAAAAAGACUGGGUCGCAAUGCACUCUGGGUUGCUGUUGCAUCAAUUAUCAUCGGCCUCGUCAUUAUUGGAAUCUAUUGUGUAGUUCAUUUCACAACGGUUCUGUUUUUCAUUGAAGUCAGUGAUGCAUCGUCUGUCCUUAAUUACUCCAGUAUAAAACUUCACGGACACUGGUGAAAUCAGUUGUUUUCUUCAGCAUACACUGAUCAAAUUUGUCCACGUGGGAAUCUUGCCACUGAUUUUGAUGAUCCCAAGAAUUGGCUGUUCUGUGAACUCCUCUUUGGUUUUUGA